ACCCCCCGCGCCGCAGCUCCGGGACUGGCCCGGGCCGCCGCCGCCGCGAUGGGCAACGCCGCCGCCGCCAAGAAGGGCAGCGAGCAGGAGAGCGUCAAAGAGUUCUUAGCCAAAGCCAAAGAAGAUUUUCUUAAAAAAUGGGAAAAUCCCGCCCAGAAUACAGCCCACUUGGAUCAGUUUGAACGAAUCAAGACCCUGGGCACGGGCUCCUUUGGGCGGGUGAUGCUGGUGAGGCACAAGGACAUUGGGAACCACUACGCCAUGAAGAUCCUCGACAAACAGAAGGUGGUGAAGCUGAAACAGAUAGAGCAUACCCUGAAUGAAAAGCGCAUCCUGCAAGCGGUCAGCUUUCCGUUCCUCGUCAAACUCGAGUUCUCCUUCAAGGACAACUCCAACUUAUACAUGGUCAUGGAGUAUGUGCCCGGUGGGGAGAUGUUCUCACACCUACGGAGGAUUGGAAGAUUCAGCGAGCCCCAUGCCCGCUUCUACGCAGCCCAGAUCGUCCUGACCUUUGAGUACCUGCAUUCACUUGAUCUCAUCUACCGGGACCUGAAGCCGGAGAACCUCCUCAUCGACCAGCAGGGCUACAUUCAGGUGACAGACUUCGGUUUUGCCAAGCGUGUCAAAGGCCGCACCUGGACCUUGUGUGGGACCCCCGAGUAUCUGGCCCCUGAGAUUAUCCUAAGCAAAGGCUACAACAAGGCUGUGGACUGGUGGGCCCUGGGGGUCCUCAUCUAUGAGAUGGCAGCCGGCUACCCACCCUUCUUUGCCGACCAGCCCAUCCAGAUCUACGAGAAGAUCGUCUCUGGGAAGGUGCGGUUCCCGUCACACUUCAGCUCCGACCUGAAAGAUCUACUGCGGAAUCUCCUGCAGGUGGACCUCACCAAGCGCUUCGGGAACCUCAAGAAUGGAGUCAAUGACAUCAAGAAUCACAAGUGGUUUGCCACGACUGACUGGAUUGCCAUCUACCAGAGGAAGGUGGAAGCUCCCUUCAUACCAAAGUUUAAAGGCCCCGGAGACACGAGUAACUUCGACGACUAUGAGGAGGAAGAGAUCCGGGUCUCCAUCAAUGAGAAGUGUGGCAAGGAGUUUUCUGAGUUUUAGGGGUGUGCCUGUGCCCCAUGGGUUUUCUUUUUUUGUUGUUGUUGGGGGGGUGGGAGGGUUGAAUUGAACAGCCAGAGGGCCCCAGAGUUCACUGCAUCUAAUUUCACCCCCACCCCACCCUCCAGGGUAGGAGGAGCAGGAAGCCCAGAUUUUUGGAGGAUGGAAACACCAGCUGCUCCCCUUCACCCCCUCGCCCUCCUGCCCGCUCACUCUACCGCUUCUCCCUCUCUCCUCCCCCACGGCCCCCCACCCUAGCCCACUUCUGCCUGUUUUAAGUGAGUUUCUCAGCCCUAGUCAGACCAGGUCUUGUUUGUGUACCCAGGGACAGGGUGUAGAAGGAGGGGCUCAAACUUAACCCUCCCCCCCCCCCCGAAAACUGCAGGCACCAAUAGCUAAGGACAAAUGAACAGAUAAGCCAACCUUCCUUCCAGAGCAAUCCUGCCAGGGGAAGGAAAGAUUUUAGUGACAUGUUCAGUGGGUGGCUUGCUAGAGUUUUUAAGAAAACCAUUUAAGAUAUUAUUUAAGUUCCACCAGUGCCUCCCUCCCUCUGUCCUCUACCCCCACUCCCCUGUUGAUGUCCCCCUCUCCCCCAAACUCAUUUUAACAAGGCUGGGAAGCAAACUGACUUCGUAAAGGAAGGAGCUGGGGUUAGAAUUUCUGCCCCCUCCUUGGGGGUCUCUUGCCAAGCCUGAAGGGGUCUCAGUCCCUUCAGGAAACCCCUACCUUCUUCAUCCCCAACAGCCCCUUUCUUCACCCUGGGUUUCGGGAGCCAGACAAAGCAGCUGCCCCUCGCCCUGCCAAAGAGGAGUCCCCCCAAAAGACAGAGGGGGAGCCGCAAGCCCAGGGUCUUUCCCUCCCAGCAACAUCCCCCCAAACUCCUUAAUUUUAUUCUCAGCUAGAGUUUUAAUGCCCAGCUUCCUCUCAGCUCACUGGAGAA